AUGUCCUGCAUUCGGAAUCGCCAUAGGUUGGUCUGCGAGCAGCUUCGACCGAUCACAGAGCUCGCAGGUGCCGAGUUCCUACGCAUCUUUCUUGACGUUGUCGCCUCUCAUUACGUUGCGUAUGCUAAGGAGAGCAUCCUGAACAUUGACAUUAGUCUGAGGAACAUGGCGUACGCAGAGGACAACGGCCAGCCAUACGGGACCUUGAUCGACCUCGACAUCUCUAGCGAUGGGACGUCCCAGGCUGAUAUCGCACCAAUCAUGGGAACCAUCCCUUUCGUAGCCCACGAGCUGAUGUAUGCCGCGCAGGUCCCAUUGCAAGUCGACCAUCUUUACCGGCAUGACCUUGAGUCCUUCUACUGGAUCCUCGUCUGGGUUUGCAACUGCAGAAAUGGCACUGAGCGCGUCGAGCUGCGUGACGAGUUUCGCGCCUGGUCAAAUCGAGAGACUUGCCAUCUCGCAAGGUCGUACUACGAGACCCGACUCCCGACAUGGAAGUACAGGCUUGUGCAGCCAUCGCAAAGGGAGUUGUGGACGAUCGCGCAACAUUGGUUGCAAGAGCUAUAUGUCCACGUACGAGUCCCGGUCCAGGGCGCAAUGAUGCGUGGGGACAUGGUUGGCUCAUUCGGGUUUGCAGCGGAAGCGUCCGAUACCUGGCGAUAG